AUGAAGUUUUCCUUCGAUUUCUUGCCUGUUUGCUUGUAUUUCACUAUAUUCUACGUUUACCCAAGGUUUCAGAAUCAGAGCUUAUUAAAAAACCAAAUAAAUGCAUCAUUUCCCAUCACAUUUUAUCACAAGGUUUAUGUGGAUUACAGAACCAGUCCACCCCGUCUAAGAAUAUUUAGCUUGAACCCUUGUAUCAAGGCAAGUAACUACUUACUAGUACAUGUAUAUUAUAACGGAACGAUUACAAAAUUGAAGCUUAACGGAUAUUCCUUUGGAUUUUACGAAGGAAAUUGCCCACCGGUAUAUGGUCCCGCAAGGAAUUGCUUCUAUGUUCCGCACCAUUUUUAUGGGGUGCUUCCAGAAAAUGGAGUAGUUCAGAAGGUAUCCAUCCAGUUGGGCCACCGAGAAGCUUUCCUCUCCGAAAUCGUUGAAAUUGGAAAAUCAUAUGAAAAAGGCCUCACUGUAUGCCUACAAAUCGUCUAUUACUAUUCUCAAUGGCAAAACGUAAUCUUAUACAUCGAAGCUUGGCGGGCUCAGGGAGCAACUCGAUUUAUAGUCUACUUUCAUUCAGCCACACAAGACACCAAAAAAGUUCUGGACUACUAUGAAAAGCUUGGGCUCAUUGAGCUACGACCUUGGCCAAAUGUAGGAGCCCUCUCUUCAUAUAUUGCACCUUAUCACCCGAAGAUAGAUGACAGUGUAUUCAUUAUCGCAUCCCAUAUUGCUCUGCAAGUUUGCUCUCUAGAAAUUCGGACGGAGCUGGGCAUUGUCGCCGAUUUCGAUGAGGUCAUGGUUCCAGGGGAUGGUAGUGUGCUGGAAUAUGCGGAGCUGGUGAUGGCUGGGAAGAAUAUUGGAGCAUUGUUAUUUGAGAACACUCAUGUCGGAUUGGAGCCAAAUAUUUAUACGAAUGACUUUUCUGGAAUGAAGACUCUAACGUUCAUUAAUAUUUUUGCGCCACCCAAGUACAUCUUCAACACAUCUCUCAUAGAUAUCUGCGAAACUCACUCACCCGGAAAAUUCCUGCACAACUCAACAACUACACUGUUUUCCAAUGGAACAGUACUACAUUUUCGAUUUAAUAUUAAGGAAAUUAAAGCUAACGUUGUGGAAAAACCAUAUAGAUUUUUCCCGAACAGCACAGAAGGUCACAUUUGGAAUAUGCAUGAUACGAUGCACAAAAUCUUCGGAGCCACCCCGCCAAUAUUUUCCUACACUCCCAUUCUAACCAUGAACUUAUGCAUAGCAAAAGCAACACCAAAUGUGUGUCAUAGUACCGGUAACCUGUGCAAAGCUGAAAUGGAUAAUGUCACUAGUUGGGUUUACGAUAAGACUCAGGGAUUAUUUAUAACUGGUGAAUAACUAAAGCCCCUUUGAAUUCAAAAAUAAAUUAGUUUCUAUU